CUCGCCCACGCUCACUCAUCCAUCAUCCACCUGCACAUCUUUCACAUUCACAUCCUCUCUAUGUCUCAAGCUCAUCUCUCUAUAACGACCAUGUCGUCGCUCUCUCUAUUAACAAUAUUGCUACAGUCAAGUCUCGGCGCGCGCUCACACUCUCUCCUUGCUCUCCACCUUCUUCUUACGCUGCUGCCACCACCUCUUCUUCUUCUUCGACUCAUCCUCCUCCGUGUUCUCCUCCUUGACAUUGUUCUCACGCACAAUGGCGAGGAAGGCCGCCUCCGUGGACGCUCUGAUCGGUUAGCCCUGUCUCUCGUCUCUCUCUCGUCCGACUCGUUGCCUCCUAAGCUGCUCCUAACCCCUCGCGAUCGACAAGGGCGCCGGAGAGAGGCGCAAGCGGGCCCCAGCACCGCUGCCCUGUCUCCCCCGCAUCGUGCACUCAUGCACAGCCGGUAGCCGCAGCUCCUCUGCUGCCACAGCCAAUGGCGCGGCGCGGCGCAGCUUCGUUCGGCUUCCAUCCGAAUCCGAGGCCUCAACCCCCGCGUCGACGCAGGGUUUUGACCCAAGCGGGCCCUGCGACGCCGCCCCUUGCCCCUAAUCCGAUCGCAAUCGGCCCACCAACCGCCCAGUAACCAACCGAAUCCACUCACUCAUGCAGUGUCAUCUCGCCAAGUGCGAGGUCACGCUCCGCCGCUCGGAGCGCGCCGAGGAGCGCGUCCAGCUCAUCCUCGCGCACGCCAGGCACCGAAAUGCGCGUGAGCGUGUCCGUGGCGACUUGCGCCGAGUUGAAUCCACUCUCGCGGAGGUACGACACGAGCGGCUGCACGUCAUCCGCGCGCGCGUGCACCUCGUAUGUCGCGAAGCGCGACUUGAGGGAAGCCGGGGUGCCAACCGCUGUGUGUUAGCACGGGCGUGG